CCUUUUAGAGAGGGGCAGGAACCGGAAGUGAAAGGGAAGGCAGGGCCUUUUGUGCGCAGCCGCAGCCACCACGGACGCUACGUGAGGUGACGGAAUCAGAGAACAGAGGACUAAGCUCAUGGACUGGAAAUUGGAAGAGAGUACUUGGAAAACAGAGUCACGUGUGCUGUGGGAGCAAGAAGGCAGCCCAGGGGACACUGGCGAAGAUGGUAUCUCUGAAAGCUUUCAGCUUCUGCAGAUUGAAGUGGAAUGUGAGCCCCAGGAGGGAGAGACCCAACCCACAGACCCUGCAACGUGGUGCUCGAAAAAUGUCCAAAGAAAACAGAGACACUGGGAAAAGAUAGUUGCAGCAAAGAAGAGCAAAAGAAAGCAAGAAAAAGAAAGAAGAAAAGCCAAUCGUGUAGAAAAUCCAGGUGUCUGUCCCCAGCACAGCAAACGUUUUCUGAAAUCCUUAACCAAGGAGAGACUUUUAGAAGCCAAACACUCAGGACCAAGACUCUGUAUCGAUUUGAGUAUGACCCACCACAUGUCUAAGAAGGAAUUAAGUAGACUGGCUGGACAGAUCCGAAGGUUAUAUGGUUCAAAUAAAAAAGCUGAGAGGCCAUUUUGGAUUUGCCUCACUGGAUUCUCAACGGACAGUCCCCUGUAUGAAGAAUGCUUGAGGAUGAAUGAUGGAUUUUCUAGUUACCUGCUAGAUAUAACAGAAGAAGACUGCUUUAGUUUAUUUCCUCUGGAAACCCUUGUGUAUCUGACUCCUGACUCGGAACAUGCUCUUGAAGAUGUUGAUCUAAACAAAGUUUACAUCCUUGGUGGACUUGUGGAUGAAAGCAUUCAGAAGAAGGUGACGUUUCAAAAGGCCCUAGAACACUCUGUCAAGACAGCCCGCUUGCCAAUCCAGGAAUACAUGGUCAGACGUCAGAACGGAAAAAAUUAUCAUUCAGAGAUACUGGCCAUCAAUCAAGUGUUUGAUAUCCUGUCUACUUACUUUGAGACUCAAAACUGGCCUGAAGCAUUGAAGAAGGGGGUUUCUUGCAGAAAAGGCUAUGUUCUUCGGAACUCAGUGGAAUGAUGGACAGCCAAAGAUUGCAAGUGCAGGUGGCGAAGUUGCUGUAGGGGCCUUGACCAAGAAACAGAGCAGAGGGUAGCAAUGGCACACAUGUGCCUUUAUUUGACAUCUUGGCUCUUCAAUAGAAAUAAGUUACUAAUAACAGGGACCACAUUUUAUGCCCUAUUGUAUUUCCCAUAGUGCCUGGCUCACAGGAAGUGCCGAGAUAAAUGUUGACUAAGAAAAAGUUUACAUAACAAGGAAUUAGCCCUAAAAUGACAUGGCUUUGGAUGUGUUGAUUCAUCUUUUAUAUAUGUAUUUGUGGAAAACCUUCUCUUUAUAUAAUCAUUAUAUUGAGUUUAUUUCAUACUAAACUGACAUCAUAGUUGUACAACUUUCUCCAAUCUCCUCUGAUCAUGCUGACUUCUCCAACUCAGUAAUAUGCUGUACAAACCCUAGCCCUGUUUUAAGCCCCAUAGUACUUUUUUGCGGCCUGUGGCUCCUGCCCUGUUCUCCCUUGUUCUAAGAAGGUGUAGCGCUUCUUUUUUUCUAAUGGUAGCCCCCUAAUGGGACCAUCUGUGAGAGUAUCUUUAUAUCCAUCUGAACCUCAUAUAUUCUUCACAAAUAUUUGUGAUGAACCGGUCAAAUUGAAAAGCAGAUAUACAGCAUUAAGUUUUAAUUUGAAAGUGGCUGGAAAAUACAUUGCCUCUAAUGGCAGCAUAUUAGAUAACCUUACUACACAAAUCUCAGUGAUCCCUCUUUGCUUAUGUCCUAGUUAAAGUUGCUUCAAUUACUUAGGCUAGUUUGGUUAGUAAACUUUAUAGCUAAGCUGCUAGCAAAUUCAGAAAACAUUCUGUAUCUCAAAAAAAAAAAAAAAUCCCAAAAGUUUAUGUCUCUGCUCUGUUCCCUCCCUGUCACAAUUUAAUUCCUCACAAAUUAAUCACAAUUUAAUCCCUGUGAUCACUUGAUAAAUUUUUCUCUUUUUAUUAUUUAAGAACAGCUCCAUCUUCAGGAAACAUCUCUUUUAGGACUAUGUAAUGCGCCUUGGCCUUUAACAUCAUAUCUACUGUUGAUAAACCUGCCAUUCAAAAAAGACCCUCUAUGGAUGGUUUCAGGGGUCUGCAACUUUCAUAGUCUCAGGAAGGUCUCUGAACCUAGAACCACUAACCCACAUCACUUGCCAGGCUUCAUUUUGACUUCUAAAGUCUUUGUUUAAAAUAGCAAAUAGCAUGGAAGAAUAUCCUUUCCAACUCUGUCAAAUCUCAACCAAUUUUUCAAAACCUAGGUAGGGUAAGUUUUUUGUUUGGCUAUUAGGAAAUGAUCUUAGCAAAUUUAAGAUUUGACUGGACUUGGAUAUCCAACUUAUUUUAUAGAUCAUAGUAUUGUUUAUAAAGCAACAACAAAAACUGGACCUAAUCCAAAAAACUGGACAUGUCCUGUAAGAUGAAAAUAAAAUACAACUACUGAAUUUUCAGUUAAAGAUCAUAAAAUUGAUGUAUUGAAUGUUGUUUGAAACAGACAAAUAGCAUAUAAGAUAUAACCUUCUAUUUCCAAUUUGGAAAACAUACAUUACCACAAAGUGGCUGAGAAUGAGGCCAAGUUAAGGUCUGCCUAGUUCAACAGAAAGAUAGUUGUCUUUCGCAAAGUUAGUAAGAAUAAGUGAACUCAUCUAUGCAAAAAACUUGGAACAAUAUUUAGUACACAGCAAAUCUACUAUAAUGGUUAGCUGCUACCCACUAAAUAAUGGGAUUAUAGGCAGGUUUUGUUUGCCUUUUUGUGCUUUUUAUGUGUUCUACAUUUGCCUUCGUGAACAUGUUUUACUAUUAUCAAAAAAUGUUAUUUUAAUGCUCACUUCCAGUUUAUCAUAACAGCUAUCCUCUAGCAAAACUAAGGAAGUUAACAUCAAAUAAACCAUGAAUACUAACUUUAGUAAACUUUAUUGUAAAAAACAAAAAAAAAAAAAUUGUUUUACUCACCCACAAAAAAAUGGGUGGCAACCAGUACUUUUUAAUAAAAAUUUUAGGAGUCUUGUCUUCAGCAGAUUUAAUAGGGAGAGGUACACCUGAAAAAAAAUUUCCCCAGGAAACCCACAGUUUCUUGAUUCAAAAAGCCCACUUAGAUCAACUUUCUGCCAAUCUGGAAAAGAUCUGUUUUCUUUGAUCUGCUGUCAUGUGUUCACAAGCUUCUAAAAUGUUUGCCAAAAUUAAAGUCUGCUGAAUGGUUUUUGCUUUUACCCAUAUUCUUCCAUUCAUUCCAAAAACAAUCUCCAGUGGAUAGAGUUUUCCUACCUCCUGUAGGAUUUCACAGUCUGGUGCUAGUAGCCUGGUGAAGAAGAAAAUGAAAUUUAAUAAAAAGUGGUAAGUGUGGUCUGAUUCUCCUUUCCUGGACAGUUCUCCAGUUUUUCAAAGCCCCACCAGCAUCACUCCAAGAACAAGGCACAUGACAUUGCCCUUUUUCUUCCAAGCAGCUUUAUACUUGUCACUUUAUCAGAGGUCAUAACAGUAGGCUGUCUUCUACAAAGAUAAACUCCCUUGUGUCACCAACUUGUCAAAAAACGUUCAAAAUUCUACGUCAGAGCACCUUAAUUCUAGACUUUAGAAACCACUUUUUUAUGAUGUAUGGGGUUCAAAGAACACUUUAUUUUCCUAAGUUAUUAAAUUCAGUAUUUAAAGAGGAAUGUUAACUAUUUUGAACCUCGAAGGUUAAUAACAUACUUCUCUCAUUUCUUGAACUAACCUCCAAAACUGCAGAAAAAGUAGCAAAAAGAGACAUGCAAGAUAGCUCUGAACCCCAGUAGCUCUAGGAGCAAAAGCCUUUAACAGGCUUAGCUUUGGGGAGAUAAAGGUCUAAACACCUAACAAAGAGUUCCUGCUACUGGGAACUGUUUCAUCUACCAGGACAGUUUAUCAGAAGUUAUCCAUGAAUGUCUGCAUAAGUUCAAAGAUCCUAUCAGCUAGCUGUAUUUGGCUUCUCUUAUUAGAUUUGUGAUUUUAUGUAGUAGCAAAUCGCAAAAGCCAGUACACAGGCUAUAGGGAGUAGUAGACCUUCCAGGAGAGAAGCUCUCACUUCAUGUCAACACAAAAAUGAUAUCACUAAAUACAUAUAAAUUCAAUGUACUCACAUUAAGAAAGGAUGAGACUAUGCAUGGCUUACAACUGUGCUAAAAUGGAUACUGAUUUCAACUUUGAGGAUAUUCGUACACUUACAAAACAAUCCAAAUUCCAAAGAUUAGUCAACUUUCUAAGACAGUCUAAUUAUAAAAGAAAACAGGUAAGCCAGAAGGCAUUAGAACUUACUUUCUAAUUAAGCCUAAAGUCACUUUAAAAAGCAGACCAUCCUGUCCAAUCACACCCAUUCCAUUGGCUCGUCCACAGCUGUCAAUACAGACCAUCUCUGGUUCCAUAUCUUUAUUAGCAACCACAAACUGGCCAUAGAUGAGAUCGCCAACCUACAAUGAAUUAAAAAACAGUUCAUUUCCUCUCAGCAAACCAUUCCACAGAUGCUGUUUUGGUUCUUUCCCACAGGCAGCAAUGCCAGCCACCUACAGUCCUGUGACUAAAGACUGGCUAUACACCAGGAUUCCCAGUCACUCCCGAACUUACUUAAAAAGAAGGCAAAAUUAACACUUGUACUAUCCCCGCUUCAUCCACCAGGAAAUCCCCAGACUGGUAGCCCUCCAAAGCCAGAGAACAUACACAUGGUGGCCAUUGCCCUCAGGCAGUUAUUUAAGCAAAUUUUAUUAAAAUUAGAUGUUUAAAAUCAGCUCUUCAGCUGCAUUAGUCACAUUUCAAGCAUUCAACCCCAAGUGUGGCUAGUGGCUACUGUACCAGGGAGUAACAAUGUAAAACACAAGCCUCAUCACAGAAAGUUCUAUUAGAUAGCUCUGCCUUAGGGAAUUAUGGGAUAGACUGAAAGAAGAAACAGCUGGUAAGAAAAUUAUUCAAAGUACAACGGAACUAUGGUAAUUCACUGGCAUUUCUCUGUGCAAGAUUUACUUACAAACCUCAGAGUUCAACUUCAAAAUGAUGAAACUAAGAAAAUGGAGAGUGUACUUGUUUUGUUAAGUACCAACUAUUUGUUGAUGACUAUAGGAACUAGAAAAGAACAACGUUCUCUGCUUUUCAGAAGCAUUUAGUCUCAGGGCAAAGGGAUGUACACUAAACAAUAAACUUCAUUCAAGGCUGAAUAUAGUAGGUGCUGGAGCAAAGUUAAAAGUGACUGAAGAUUACUGAUGGUUUUAAGAGGCUGUGGUGUGUAGCCUGGGUCUGGAAAUAUAAGCAAAUGUUCCACAGGCUAAGAAGGGGGUAGAACAAUCCAGAUGGAACAGCAUGAGUAAAAGUAAAAGGGCAGAAAAUCAUGACUUCAGUAAUGCUGUUAGUCUGGCAUGACUCAAACAUGGCUAUGUGGAAUACAUAAUUAUGGAUAAUGGAAAAAUCUAUGGAAUAAGAUCAAGAAGAUCUGUAGCCUUUGAAGAGGUUUUUUGUGUGUUUUUUCUUUCCCUGAGGAAUGCA